AUGGCAGGAGGGCGUGCGGCGGCGGGGGCGUGGCGCGCGCGGGGUCUGGCGGAGCGGCGCUCGGGGCGGGCAGAGGCCGCCGCUCCCCCCCGGCGCCGGUCGCGGCCCGUCCCGGCCCCGCCAUGGCCGCCCCCCCCCCGCCUCGGCAUCCAGAUGCUGCUGGAGGCCGCCGAGUUCCUGGAGCGGCGGGAGCGAGAAGCCGAGCACGGUUACGCCUCGCUGUGGCCCGGCGGGAAGGACGGCGAGGCCCCGCGGCGCCGCGCCAAGGCCCGGAGGAGCGGCGGCGGCGGCAGGUCGACACACAAUGAGAUGGAAAAGAACAGGCGUGCCCAGCUCCGGCUGUGCCUGGAGAGGCUGAAGGGGCUGGUGCCGCUGGGCGCGGCAGCUGGGCGGCACACCACGCUCAGCCUCCUCACCAGGGCCAGGCUCCACAUCCAGAAGCUGGAGGACCAGGAGCGCCGGGCCCUGCACCAGAUCGAGCAGCUGCAGCGGGAGCAGCGGCACCUCCAGCGGCAGCUGGAAAAGCUGGGAAUGGAGCGGGUCAGGAUAGACAGCAUCGGCUCCAGCCUCUCCUCCGAGCGCUCCGACUCGGACCAAGAAGAGAUGGAUGUGGAUGUGGAGAGCACGGACGACCUCCCGGCCGACCUGGACUGGAGCAGCAGCAGCCCCAGCGACUCGGACGAGCGCAGCAGCCUCCAGAGCCUGGGCAGCGACGAGGGCUAUUCCAGCUCUGGCGGGACCAGGGCCAAGCUGGCGAGCAGCCGGAAGCUUCCCGUCGGCAUUUAGGGAGCGCUUCCCCCCGCCACGGCACCGGAUCCCGUUAGCCAGCACACCGACCCCGCCGGCAUCCCCUGCACGGAACCGCCCGCGCGUCUCGCCGGCCCGGCUGCUCCCGGGGCUCCGUUCGCACCAGCCCAGCCUCCCAUGCCCGGCCCUGCCUUCAGCCGUGCCCGAAGCGCCCGGGAAUAUCCCGGCAAUAACAGCAACCUCAGGAGCCUCCCCUGGCUUCUUCCCCAGGCUGUCACUGCCCGGUAUUCCCAAUCUUCUCCACCUUUGGGUGGCCACGUCACGUUCCCAAUCCUCAGGAGCCGGAGAGCUGAGUUUGUUGGGAGCAGCUCCGAAGAGAGAGCCGGUGCUUUGUGGAGUUUCCAUCCAUGGCGGAGCUGGGAGCACGGAGCGUUUCGGGCACGGGGAUCAGCCUCAGUCGGGGCUCCCUUCCCCCGACUCUAAAUAUUCAGGGACCCCAUCCCAGCCCCCCCGGAGCAUUCCUGGCUGGGGAACAGGCUCAGAACCAUCCCCACUCCCUGGCUUGGCCAAUGUCCCACCUCCUGGAAUGUGGCACGGCGUUCCAGACUCCUGGAAUUCCCUUCCCACGCUUCUAGUCUCGGGGACCGUUUCUUCUACCUCGGAGGGAGCCCAGGGCCUCUCUCCACCCCUUCAGCACAAAGAUGAUGCCUCUGCUCAGCAAUAACCCCGCAGCACCCCCCGGGCCGUGCCCAUCCACCCGGCAUUGUUCCAGGCUCCUGGAAGGUUCCAGAAGCCACCACAGGGAGGGAAGCCCGGCGGGCAGGGGGGGUUCACAGCCGUGGUGUGGAUUCGUUUCCCAGUGCACUGCAGGGAGCAUUCCCACCACUUCCCGCUUUUGGAGAUGCUCUGGGAAAUGUUAACGUGUAGAGAGCUCUGCUUCCAGCACCUUCCUUUUUCCCUCGAGCCGGUCCAAGGGCUUUUCCAGCCCAUGGAGCCGGCUGAGGAAUCAGCACGGAGCCCUCCCGGGGCUCUUCCCGGCGCUGGGAUAAAACCCUGCCCCUCUGCAGGUCCCUUUCAGGAAAUGCAGGUGCUGAAAGGCAUCGAGAAACUCCAUGGAGUGCAAGGGGAUGAGGAGCAGGAGACUCCAGUGCUUUUUCUUUUCCUUUGUCCUUUCCCCUUUCCCUUCCUUUUUUCUUUCCCCUAUUUUUUCCCUUUUCCGCUUUCCUUUUCUUGUUUCUCUUUUCUCCUUCUCCUCCUUCUUUUCCUUUCCUUCUUUUCUCCUUUUCUGUUUCCCUUUCCCCUUUUCUCAUUUCCCCCCUUUCCUUUUCUUGUUUUUCUUUUCUCCUUCUCCUCCUUCUUUUCCUUUCCUUCUUUCUUCCUUUUCUCUUCCCCUUUCCCCCUUUCUUAUUUUCCACCUUCCCUUUUUAACACCCCAAUCCCAUUCCUGGCUCACAUGGGGAAGUGGGAAGCCACCCACAGGCCCCACAACUUGCCCAAAUCCCCCAGGUUCUGGCUCUUUUUUUAUCAUGUGCUGGCUCAUAAGAAGAAAAAAAAAAAAACCCAAACCACAAAGAAUUUUCCUUUGAAGCUGCUGGAAUUUUCCACCCUCUGGCAUUGUCACAGACCGUGGGCACCUGAGCUCAACCCCCUGCACGGUCAAAAAGAGGGAAAAAAAAGGCAAAAAGAUGGAAAACACAGAGAGAAAGAGGAAUACCAGCCCAUGGGGGCCACGGCUCAGGUGGCUUUUGCCUCCACCUGGGGAAUCCCAGUGGAACCCUCUGGGCAGGUGAUUCCCAGCGUUGGGAAGGCCCUUCCAGAGGUACAAAACAUUGAUUUUUGGUUGGUUUUGGACAUUCUGAAGGUUUGGCCUCAGCACAAAUGAGGGGUUUUAGCCGGUUUGUGCCUUUCUGAGUUCCCAAUGCCUUUUUUUUUCCCCCUUUUUCCCCCUCCUGUCCCAGCCUGACCCUUCCCAGCCCUUUGCACUGUCGGGCUGUGCUCCGGGAACCCCAAAACGCUGCACUAACCCGGAAUCCCCGGGUCCCCUGUGGUGGUGCCAGCCUUUUCCAGGAAUUCACUGAUCCACCAGCAUUCCUAUGAAAUAAGCUGCAGGAAGGACUUUUUUAUAGGUUGUGACAAAAAAAAAAAUCCAGGGAGAGGGGGGAGUCGGAUAGGGGCACGGACAGGUGGGAAUCAAAAACUCCCAUUUUUGGGCUGUUUUUCCUUUCUUUUUGCUUAGGGAAGGCAGAUCCCAAACCGCCAGCUCCCGGGAAGCACCAAAAUGUUCGUUUCAGCCUUCAUUUUUCUAGCGGAGCCACCCCAUCUCCACUCAAGCUUUCCUUUAUUAUUCUUUGGGACACCUCUUAUUUGUGCUUUUUCUGUCAUUUUUUCUGUUCUUUUUGCUUCCCAAACAGUGGAUCCAGCCCAGCCUGGCUCCGUUGGGCAGCUGGGAGCGGACACCGAUCCAUUUCCAGCCGUUCCUGCUGUAAAUAUCCAAAUAUCCCACUGCAGGGCUGAACCCCCGUGUCAAGCCAAUAGAAUGGUGCUUUUUUGUUUGUUUGUUUGUUUGGGUUUUUUGUUUUAAUUUUUUUUUUUUUUUAGGAAUUCCGUGUUUUAGGAGAUCUUUGCUGUGUCCAUGGAUAUUUCUGUCUUGUUUGAUUGUUAGGAAAUAAAUUAUUUCAUUAUGAAA